AUCAUCUUCUCACUGAUCUAUGGCAGUAUUGUCUACUGGAUGACGUCACAGCCCAAUGACUUUCUGAGAUUUGUCAUGUUCCUGACACUGUCGACACAAACUUCUUUAGUUGCUCAAAGCCUGGGACUCCUGAUUGGCGCAGCUACUUCUUUGGAGGUUGCUGUGUUUCUGGGACCGGUUACUGGAAUUCCUGUGAUUUUGUUCAGUGGAUUCUUCGUUCAUUGUGGCAAUAUACCCAUCUACCUCCAGUGGUUAAGCUACCUUUCAUACACAAGAUACUCAUUUGAGGGGGCACUACAAGCUAUUUAUGGCCAGGAUCGCGGAGAACUAGACUGUGAUGAGAACCAUUGCAUCUUCCGUGAGGGCACCGAUGUCUUGAAGACAAUGGAUGUGGAAAAUGCAAAAUUUUACGUUGACUUCAUCGUUUUGUGUGCAUUCUUUGUAGUUCUGCGUGCUGGUUGUUAUCUCGUUUUACGAUGGAGAGUCAAAUCUCAUCGGUGA